AUGGAGUCAAUGAGUGUGCUUCUGAGCCUUGUGAAAACAAUGGAACAUGCACAGAUCUCGUAAAUGGCUAUCGCUGCAUGUGUAGUCCAGGAUGGCAAGGAUCACAUUGCGCAGAGGAUGUGAAUGAAUGUGAUCGCAAUCCCUGCCAGAACGAUGCCACCUGCCUUGAGCCUGCUGUCCCUGGAAUGUUUGAAUGCGUUUGCCCUCCAUUCUUCACUGGUGAAUUGUGUGAACUCUGGUUUGAUCCUUGUGCCUCCCACAACAACCCAUGCAGUGAAUUUUCCACCUGCAUUACACAAAGCAAUGGGACAGCUCUCUGCAUCUGCCAGCCAGGUUUCAGAGGAGCUCACUGUGAAAUUGACACUAACGAGUGUCUGUCCAAUCCCUGCUGGAAUCGGGGUCACUGUUUGAACGAGGUCAACGGCUAUAGAUGCAUCUGUUUGCCAGGAUUCUCUGGGAUACGCUGUGAAACAAACAUUAAUGAAUGCUUAUCUGCACCCUGCAAAAAUAACGGCACUUGCCUAGAUCUUGAAAAUGGGUUCCAAUGCAAUUGUACGGCAGGUUACCACGGGAUAUUAUGUGAACUGGAUGUGAACGAGUGUGUACUUCUACCUUGUCUGAACAAUGGCAGCUGUUAUAAUAUGCCUGGAGGCUUCCAGUGUCUCUGUUCCCAUGGAUUUACAGGUAGCAGAUGUGAAGUUAAUAUCAAUGACUGUGCAUCUGCUCCGUGCAACAACGAGGGAACGUGCAUCGAUGGUAUCAGUCUCUACAGCUGCGUCUGCUUGAGGGGGUUUGCUGGAACGAAUUGUGAACACAACGUAAAUGAAUGUGCCUCCAACCCUUGUCUUCAGGGCACCUGCAUGGACCUGGUGGAUGGAUUUGAUUGCCAUUGUGAACCAGGAUGGAUGGGUCCAAGAUGUGACACCGAUAUUGAAGAAUGCAGCUCUGACCCUUGCUUGAAUGGUGGAACAUGUCAGGAUCUAGUUGAUGCCUAUAUCUGCACAUGCCUGAAUGGAUACAGUGGUGAGAACUGCCAAACUGACCUUGACGUUUGUAAAGACAACGUGCUGAACCUCACACACUGCCACAAUGGAGGAAUAUGCAAGGAUGGACCAGGCUUGAACUUCAGUUGUUGGUGUCUAUCAGGUUUUGCUGGGCAGUUUUGUGAGAAAGAGAUUGAUGAAUGUAAUUCUGGCCCUUGCCUCAACAAUGGAUUCUGCCAAGACUACGUGAAUGGCUACUCAUGCAUCUGUACACAAGGAUGGACAGGGUCUCACUGCCAAGUGGACAUCAAUGAAUGUCAACCAAAUCCAUGUGUCAAUGGUGUUUGUUUCCAGAAGACUCCCCGGCCUGGUUACACCUGCUUCUGCAGCCCAGGAUUUGUGGGAGUAAAUUGUGAGCAAAACUACAAUGAUUGCUUCAUCUAUUCUUGCCCAGUGGGCUAUGAAUGUGUUGAUGGCCUUAACAAUGUGAGCUGCCUUCCAAUUUCCUCUACCACUGAUACUGAAAACCCUGGUGUGGCAACAUUUAUUGCAGCAUCCCUUAUCACACCUACAUUGACUUCAGCAGUGUCUGUGGUGCCAGGCAGCACUGUGGGCCACCAGGACAGAGAAUCGCAGAGAAAUUCAUCUGAUAAUGGAGAUGUCUGGCCAUCAAUUAUUCCUUCUUCUGUACAUGCCCCUGACAUCUCCCUGACAACUGUCUCCCUAGCAACGACGGUCUCUUGUGCAGAUAGUCCUUGCCUGGCUGGAGCAACCUGUGAGGAUUUGGAUAUCGGAGAAGUGAAAUGUCAUUGCUCAUCACAAUACGAAGGAGAAGGCUGUCAAGCAGAUUCCUAUUUCGGUUCUGCUCAAUAUUAUGGGAAUUCACACUUGGAAUUUUUAGGUUUCCAUUUGCUCCCUCAAAACAACAUCUCAGUUCGAUUCCAGACCUACAGCUCCUAUGGAACACUUAUCUACACAGAAAACCAGCAAGCAACUGAUGUCUUCUUCUUCAAGCUCUUUAUUGAACAAGGCUUCUUGCAGUUCCAGUUUGUAUGCAGUCCUUCAGGAGAAGUACAGAAUGUAAACACUUCAGCAAGAGUCAAUGAUGGGAGGACUUUCGAUAUUUUCAUCAGACAAGACCUGCUUCCUUGCAAUGCUGUGGUCACAGUGUCUGGGGUCACCACAGUAAGCAGCACAUCCUACAAUAUCUGGUCUCACCUUGUCAAUCAGCUGACAGGACCUGUCUUUGUAGGAGGCCUACCAAUCAGCUACCACCCAAAUCAGAUUGCUGAGCCAUUCAACAAUUUUACAGGCUGCCUGGAAAUAACAGAAAUCAAUGGGUUGGGCCCUUUAAUACCAUCGAAUGCUGUCAGCCGACACAAUAUCGACCAUUGCAGCUUUCCUGGGGUUGAUACAAAUUUCCUGGUUUCCAGAGCAACGCCAGAAACUACAUUUGGUGACAGCAUCACUUUUUCAUUGCAUCCAAUACGGCCAACGUCUUUCCUCCCAAUAAUGGUCACAAUGGUUCAAACUUUGAAGACCUCCAGCUGCCAAGAAGAUGUGUGCCAGAACGGGGGUACCUGCCAUGACACCUGGUUGCCCGAUGGUGCUGGAUCCUUCCAGUGUGACUGCCCUCUGCAUUUUGCCGGGCACUUCUGUGAAAAUGAUAUCACUCUGUUCUUUCCGUCCUUCAAUGGAAAUGCUUACCUAAAGCUUCCCUCACUUACAACAAUACUGAGAAGAGAUGCUGCUGUCAGUGGAACAGUGGUUGAAAUAGAUGUGACACUACAUCUCACAAUAAAGGCAGUUUCUUCCAGUGGAACGAUUCUCUACACCACUGCUGAAAAUUUUGGAAGCCAGUUCCUUCAUCUAUUCCUCCAUGAUGGAAAACCAACAGUGAAGCUUGGAUGUGGAGGGUCACAAGGUCCUCUGAUGGUAUCUGCCAAGCAAAGAAUUAAUGCUGACCAGCUAACUCCAAUCAUGGUGCGGUAA